AUGCUGAGGAGGAGAGACCCAAAUGAGGAGGCUGGAUACACCAAAGGAAAUGUCAGCGUGAAGGGCAGGAAGAUCACUUGCAGCAUAUGUGGUGCUGCCAACCAUAACAAAAGAUUCCAUGGAAUUGAGGACAAUGCCAAUAAUCCUAUGGAUGCAAUUGAUCCAUAUGUUUUGGCGGAACAGUUCCAGUUGGUUAAUAACUUCAUUCAAACAGAAAUGAAUAACCAACCUAGUGAAACUCAACAAAUUCAAGUGACAACCAUAUCACAGGUUAUUGAUACACAGCAACAUGCUCUCCAAAAUUUACCAAUUGAAACUGAAAGGAGGCCAAUGAAGAGAAAAAUUGAGACUAGAGGUGGAAAGAAAAAUAACACAGUUGUAGGUGCUAAGCAACAUGAUGUAACAAAUCCUGUGGAACCUACAACCAACAGAGAAUCAAGCAAGAAGGCUCCUGCAACCUCAAGAGCUCUUGUGUUGAGACCCAGAAUGAAGAACAAAAACAUGGAAGCUAAGACUCAAGCGGGACCUGCAAUAAAAAAGAAAAAAGAAUGGGUUCCUCCUGGUGUUGGAAAGUUUGCACCAGCUACAGGAAAUACUAGCUGA